CCGAGGCGGGGCCGGGUCGGGUCGCGGCUGGCAGAGGAGAAGCGAGAGGUUCCGGGAACAGCAGGGAGAUGGCCACAGUGGCAGAACACGAAAGUGAAACUCAACUGUGCAACAAUUGUCAAAAAGAGAUCCCUCUGGCAAACUUCACCAUCCAUGAGAUUCACUGCAGUCGGAACAUCGGGGUCUGCCCCCUCUGCAAGGAGUCCUUCCCCAAAGCAGAAAUGAGGACUCACCAGGAACAGGAGCACGCACAGAUUGUCUGCAAAUGCAGCAUGAGAAUGGACAGAGGACUCUUACAGGAUCAUGUAGCUUUCGAGUGCCCCCUGAGGCCCGUUGUGUGUCAGCAUUGUGACAUUGAGCUGGCUUCCUGCAAGCUCCAGGACCACGAAGAUUACUGCGGGGCCCGGACCGAGCGAUGCGGCCGAUGCAACCGCAACGUCCUGCUGCGCGAACUGAAAACGCAUCCCGUCGACUGUGGGAAAAAGGCCGGGGCGGGAGAGCCGGGCGGCCAGGCGAAGCCGCCUUUCCACCCCGAGGCCCCUUGGCAAAACGUCCAGACCAUCAGGAACAUCCUGCGGCCGGAUUCCGCUGGAGAGUCACCACUGAGGGGCAACAGGUUCCUGGAGAGCCAGCUGCACAGUUGGGUCUCGGGUGACCAGUUGCCCAGGGAAUCCAGCUGGAAGAACCGAGGCCCGUCCCAGCCGGAUCGCAAUCGAGCCUCUCUGGGAAAGACGACCCCCCCACUGCCUGCGGACGGAGAGUCGGACUACAACUUGGAUUACCUGCUGGCGCUCAGUUUGCAGCAUGAAAAUAACUUCGGCCAGCCCAGUGUGACAGAGCUCCACCGAGAACUCUGGAAAAACAUCUGUCCCCCCCAGACCGGAGCAGCUGACCACUGUGGCAAAGCAAAGAACUCCAGGGACCCCUCUCAAGAUUUGCUGGUAGCAGCCAAGAAUCUCAACAGGCCCAAAACGGAGACCCUGUUGCCUUGCGAAUUCUGUGAGGAGCUGUACCCCGAGGGAGACCUAAUCCUUCACCAGACGGGCUGCAACCCCUCAAGUGCCUUGGCCUCCUUCAGCAAGAGGAGCAACCUGGUGCCCCCGACGGAAUGUCUGAGCAGCCUGUGGGGAGAGCUGCCCGGCAGCCGUUCUGUGGGCCGCGGAGGGACGUCCCCCCCCCAGCAUGGCAUGCAGGACAGCCUCCUGCUCCCUUGCGAGUUCUGUGGGGUCCAGCUGGAGGAAGAGAUCCUGUUCCACCACCAGGACCAGUGUGAUUUGCGCCCAGCAACCGCCCCCUCGAGCGGAAGGACGCCUGUGCCAUCGGGGUCUCCCAUCAUGGAAAGCUCUCUGGGAACCGAGUCUCCAGAUCUCCCCAGAAGACACAUCCGGCACCAAGGUGAGCUCUCCCCUCAGUACCUGGAGCAGCUUCAGCUUCAGCAGCCUUUCCAGCCUGCUCCGAGGAGCUACUCCCAGGUGGCUGCCAGGCGCGUUCAGCUGAGCGCUCCCAACAACCGGAGGGAGGAUCCGGUUGCUCUUUCCAAGGCAAGGAAGCCGAAGAAACCGGGAGACGGGAGUGAAGGACGGACUCCAGGCCGGAGCCCGAGUGACCCUGUGGCCACCCCUCUCCCUGCCAGAUACCCCCCCUCGGACUUCGCUCCCAGCACCUAUAUUCCGAGCUUCCCUCUUGCACUCCCAACUCGCCCAAGCCUAAGACAGGAAGGAGGAGGACAAAGUCCUGCAACUCCACCCCACUUCAAUAAUGCCAAGGCAAAACCCUGGCAAGUGAAAUCGGCCGAUCCCGACAGAGAAUGAGGAGUUUGCGGCCUCCCUCCCUCCCUCCCUUCCGGCACAGACUCGUGACGUGAUUUCUGCGGGAAUUGCGGGGGGACCGGCACUUUGCAGGUCGCAGACCGCGGUGGCAGCAGGAUUCCAUGAUUGCUCUGUCAGUUGUGCCAUGUUUUGUUGCUGUUUGAGUGGGAGUACAGGGGUUGGGGGGGGGGGGAGUCUCGGCCCCAUUGCUUUCCGCUUGAGGGCCGAGUCGUUCCGGAGCUCAAAACUUUUUGCUUGAGCAGAUGUUUCCUCUUUGCAAGUGUAGAGAAACAAACACCCCCCCCCCUUUUCCAAAGGCCUAAAGAAUAGAAAGGCUAGUUAGUAGUUGCUGAGUUUGAACUCGGUGCCUUUGCUGCUAGGAGUGUCCCUGCCAGCCCUCGGCCGCCUCUUUUCUUCUCCUUCCCAGCCCAGGUUUUCAGUCGAUGUGAAAAAGAGGGAAAUCUCCCCCAUCACCCACCACCAUCACUACCCUGGGGGCUCCUCAUUCAGUUGCACAGCCUGAGAAGCUGAAACUGGUGUUCCGAGUGCGAAAGAGGACUGUGCGUGUUUGAGACUUUUAAAUUUCUUACAAUAAAAGUUUGUAUCUAUUAGUC